AUUAUCUACGUUGAAAGAUGACUGAGGAUUUGUUAAUCAAAGAGAAAGGAUUUCGUCAAAUGAACAAGGAAAUCGAACAGAAGGCUCAUGAUUUAAUGAAAAAUAUAGACCAUGUUAUAAACACGUACAAUGAUGAGUGUUCCAAUUCAAAAAUACGAUACAGAAAUUUUGUGAAUGAACAAACCGAAUUUUCAGAAAAUACAAUAAUAGUAGGAAGAGAUAAUUUACAGGUUUCAGUUAAACGAAAUACAUCCUUGCCAUACAUAUUUGAUGAAGUAUCUUCAAAAUUGAAAAUAGAAGCACAGAAAGAUCACAAAGGUGAAGUAUGGAAGAAAGGAAAUUUAGCAAAUGCAACCAUUGUUAAUCUAUUUAAAUCGAAAAUAGAUAUAUUACAGAAGGAAUUGCAAACAUUGCAAUGUGAAUACAGAAAGAAGUGUGAUGUUUACAAGGACUUGGAAAUUGAACAUAAAAAAUUUGAAACAAAAUCACAGAAUGAAAUAGAAUCACUGAAAGAUAUAAUUACAAAGUUAGAGAAUACAAAUAAGGAAUUGCAGUGUCAGUCUUUGGCAUUAAAUAAUGAAAAUUCAAUUAUAAAAAAGGAUUUAGAUAAACUACAGAAACAAAUAAAAAUAUUGAGUCAACAGUCAAAUAAUUAUAGUACAAGAUUAAACAGAUCUUUAGAAAAUAAUGAUAAACUCAGAAGUGUACUUAAAUGUUCUCAAAUAGAAGAAAAGGAAUUGAGAAAUCAAGUAAGGAAACUACAGAAUGAUAAAAGACUUACAGUGAACAAUCUGGGGAAACAACUUUCAGAAAUAGUCCAUGUAUUUAAAAAACAAAUGUUAAUUAUAGAUAACUUAAAGAAGCAAAACGCAUGCUUAAUUGCUAUUGGGCAACUAAGAUUUACAAAAGAGGAUUUUUCAAGAUUAUUGGAUCAAAAACCCGACUGCUUAUGA